CACGGUGGCCUCUCCAUCUCAUACACCACAGCACCGUUUUCCAUGGCAUGUGUGCGGCCAGCCUACUACUACAUUGUAGCACACAUGUCCAUGGCGCAGCGGCAGCAGUACAUCCUGCGUCACCAUGCCACCACCACCCUCAAAGGCCGCCGACGGUGAUGGCGAAUGGACAACCAUCAAGCCCAAGAAUAACCGCCGCCACGGCCAGCACAACAACACCGCCCACAGACACGACACUCCAACCACGUCGUCUAGGACAUCAGCACGGGCGCGUGGCCCCCUCCCGUUGUUGAGAGAGGGAGAGGCGCGGAGAGAUGGCCCCCUCCGGAGCGUCUCCUCCAUCGAGGCCGAGUAUCGCACGCUGCGCGACGCCUUCGAGGCGUCUCCCUGCUGCGCGUCCCUUCGCGCGCUCGCCGGGCGCAUUGUCGCCAGUGCCGCAGAAGGAUGCCGAAGCAACCGCAGCAACACCACCACCACCAGCAACAGUAGUAAAGGCCAUGACUGCGAUAAAGACGAGGCAGAGAGUGUCCCGCCCCCGCCGCCGCCGGUGACCAAGGCCGUCUGUCUCGGCAUCGGGACGUUUGACCCCCCGGACGGCGGGUGGGAGGCCAAGCGGCGCACCUUCUUGCAGCUCAUUGCCUUUCUCAUCCUCGUCGAGGAGCUCGAGCGCCUGACGCGCACCUCCAUCCCGUGCAUCUUCCAAGAACCCAUCUUCUCCGCCUCGGACGUCGCCUUCCUCACUUCCCUCUCCUCUGGCUACUCCGUCGUGCCGCACCCGCGCGCCUGCCGCGCCGUGGACCGCCGCGCCCUACUCUACGGGAUACACCUCUACCGUCCCGUCUACGCCCUGGCCCUGUCUGGCGGGGGCGGCAGUGACAGCGGCGAGCAUGAUGAUGAUGAUGGCGGGGAGUCUGCGUCACCCACGUCCGCGUCCACGCCCCCCCUCCCGCCAUCCAAGAACGCUGCUGCCAGCGCCGUCGAAACGGCACCUCCCGUAGAUUACGCGGCGUCUCUCCCCGCCGUGUUCGUCGGCACCGGCUGGGACGUCUGGGACGGUGUCACGCUAGGCCGGGCGUCCGACGGCGGAGAUGCUCGUGUCGGUAGUGGUGGUGGUGGUGGUGGUGACGAAGCAGACGGCGACGACGGCUUCAUGCGCCGCCUGCGCGCCAUGGAGGACACGUACCAACGCGCCGACUUCCCGCACGACGAGGCCCAUGGGACUGCCUUUUCCAGCACGAGCGUGUACUGGCGGAAAGGCGGCGGCGGCGACGGCGACGGUGGUGGUAGUGGAGGUGGGUGGUGUCGACCCGUUGAGCGGCGGCCCGGAUCGCGGAAUGGGGUCAAAGGGGGUGAGUGAGUGAUGAGUGAUGGAGGAUGGUGGAGAGGGGGAUUUCUGGACUUUCUUCGCCCACCCGGAACACAGAGGCGCGAGGGGAAGAAGAGAUGACACUGUAAGGGCCGGGCCUGGCUGCACGGGUUGGGGCAGCGUUUGGUUAUCACGAGCUUUGCACGUUGUCGCGUUUGAGGGAUCUACGUCACGUCACGUGGCGGUUCAAGCCUUUGCAACACAUAGGAUAUGUCAAUGGGCUCCUCGCAGCUCUCAGCGGUACAGAUUAGAGGAACAGCUGUGAAACAGACAGUCGGC